CAUCCAUACGAAGCUGCGCUGAAUCCACGCGCCAAGAGCCACACUGAGUAGAGAGAGAGAGAGAGUUAAACCAGUGAACGGAUUGUGUGAUUCAGACUCAUCAUCGUCUGGCGGUAGUUGAUGAUGAUGGUGAGAUAACAUGCAGUGAUUGUUAAAAGUGAGAUUGUGUGCAUUUAUUAAUAGUGAGCCAUGGCGUCCAUAGCCCCUGGUGGAUGUGUCCGGGGGGGACGUGCGAACCUCGCCCUCUUCCUCUUUGCACUGUCUGCCUUACUGCAGAUAGCGGCAGGUUCGGGUCGAUUCGAACUCGAGGUGGUCGAGGUGCAGAACUCGCGAUCGGAGACGAGGUCGGGCGGCUGUUGCGGCAAAGCGCCCAGGCCGAACGACGGGUCGGCGUGCCCGACGCAGUGCCGCACGGUGGUGGCACUGUGCCUGAAGGAGUACCAGAGCGUGGCUCAAGACGGCGACAAGGGCGUCAUGCCCCCGGCUCCCUUGGAAGGCAGCAGUAGCCGCAGCGCCAGCGGGAUGGUUGGCUGCACCUACGGGGAGGACACGUCCAAGGUUCUCGGGCCCUCCUCCUUCACCCUCUCGCAGCCUCCGCCUUCUGCCCACAUCCACCUGCCCUUCACUUUCUCAUGGACGAGAUCCUUCACCCUAAUCUUAGAAAUUUUGGACCAAGUUAAUGACACCGAUGCAGAGAGCCGAGAAAUCAUCGACUGGACGACUUACAGUGGCAUCCUGGUCCCUGGCACCGACUGGCACACUCUGACCCAUCGCGGGUCUGUGGCCAGGGUCACGUAUCGGGUGCGGGUCCUCUGUGACGAGAACUAUUAUAACACCACCUGCACCAAGUUCUGUCGGCCGAGGGACGACACCUUCGGACACCACACCUGUGACGCUUCCGGGGACAAGGUGUGCAGACCGGGUUGGAUGGGAGACAACUGCGAAAUAGCUAUUUGCAAGCAAGGGUGCCAUCACGGAACCUGUUCAAAACCCGGAGAGUGCAAAUGUCGACGUGGCUGGGACGGAGAAUUGUGUGACGAGUGUCUCACUUAUCCCGGUUGCAAACACGGAUACUGCGACGGCAACCCGUGGACGUGCGUGUGUCACUUGAACUGGGGAGGAAUACUGUGUGAUCAAGAUUUGAAUUACUGCGGACGAUACCCCUGCGUGAAUGGGGGGACUUGUGAGAACACGGCACCUGACCAAUAUCGGUGUACCUGUCCUGAAGGCUUCUCUGGCGAAAAUUGCGAGGUUGUCGAGGACCCAUGUGCCCCAGAGCCUUGUCAAAACGGAGGCACUUGUCUAGAAGUCAAUGGAGGAUUCCAGUGCACCUGUUCACCUGGAUGGACCGGCACCACUUGCGAGAGCGAUGUAGACGAGUGCGAAUCGACGCCGUGCGAACACGGUGGCACCUGUAUCGAUCAAGUUAACGGUUUUGCCUGUAACUGCACUGUUGGAUGGGAAGGAAAUAUCUGCCAAUUCGAUUCAGACGAAUGCCAAGGUCGUCCUUGCAUCAACGCCGUGUCUUGCGUGAACCGAGGCGACUACGAGUGUCAGUGUCGCAACGGAUGGGAGGGCAAGAACUGCGACAUCAUGAACGACUGCAACGACCAGUGCCUCAACGGUGGCACUUGCAUUGACCUUGUUGACGACUACCACUGCGCAUGCUCGAAGGGUUUCACGGGUCGAAACUGCGAAACCAACACAGACGAAUGCACUAGUAAUCCUUGCAACAAUGGAGGAGAUUGCGUUGACCAGGUUGCAGGAUAUCGAUGCAUUUGCCCUGUUGGAUACUCAGGCUCCCAGUGCGAGGUUGACAUUGACCUGUGUAACCCAAACCCCUGCGACAACGGGGCACCAUGUAUAAAUACCCAGGGCGACUACUUCUGCCACUGUCCCGAAAGAUAUAAAGGCAAGAACUGUUCACAGCAGAGGCCCGCCUGCACAACACCUCCAUGUCAAGUUGUGGACAGCUGCACGGUACCGGCUCCUCAGGACAGCGGUUCGGUGUUGCUCGUGCCCUCCAACAUCUGCGGGAGUCACGGACGCUGCGUCAGCAACUCCGACGGGACGUUCUCCUGCGCCUGUGAUCCCGGAUACACCGGAGAGUACUGUCAUGUCAAUAUCAACGAUUGUGAACAGUCACCUUGUAUGAACGGGGGAACUUGCGUUGACCUCGUCAAUGAUUUCCAGUGUCUGUGCGAUCAAGGUUGGGAAGGAGAACUGUGCAAUAUAAAUGUAGACGAGUGUGCCGACCACCCUUGCCGGAAUAACGCCACGUGCAUUGACGAAAUCGGGGACUUCACUUGCGUCUGCCAGGAUGGCUGGAAGGGCCGCACCUGUGCUUCCAAAACCUCUUAUUGUGAUACGUCGACAUGCCACCAUGGUGGCAGCUGUCGCGACCUUGGGAAUGCCUUCGUUUGCCGAUGCCCCGAAGGUUGGCGGGGUGUCACAUGCCAAAUUCCUCUGAGGAGAGCAUGCGACUCUUCACCGUGUCUGAAUGGGGCAACUUGCGUUAACUCAGGAGAUGGCUUCACCUGCCUGUGUCCAGAAGGAUGGGAUGGACCCACCUGCCAGAAUAAUAUCAAUGACUGCACCCCUCAUCCUUGCUACAACGGAGGAAAAUGCGUCGAUGGUGUCAACUGGAGAGUUUGCAAGUGUGCAGCUGGUUUCACGGGACCAGAUUGCAGAGUCAACAUCAAUGAAUGUGGAUCAUCUCCUUGUGCGUUUGGAAGCACGUGUAUCGACGGUAUAGGGGACUUUAAAUGCGUCUGUCCCGUCGGAAGGACAGGGCGUCGAUGUGAUCUGGUAGAGGGAGCCAGUAAUGUCACAGACGGCAACCAGUCUUGUCGCUGGGGCGGAGAGUUGAGACCUCAUGGCGCUGUCUGGAGGCAUCAGUGUAAUUCAUGUCACUGCAACCAGGGCGCUGCCUCCUGUUCCAAUGUUUGGUGUGGCCCUGAAAACUGCCUCCGUUCCCGAGAACCAACGCAUUACCUCUGCGAAUCUCGCCAGGUGUGUGUCCCGGGACCCUUGGAAUGGUGCCUUGCUCCACCAUGUGAGAACUGGGGUGAGUGUCGAGACCUAAAAGAAGGUGGCCAGACAGUAGCACCAAGUGUUAAUCCUGGUCCCUCUGACUGCACACCUAAUCACGCCAAUCUCAACAAUGGAUGUGCAAGAUUGACCCUUGUUUUGGACCGCACAAGGCUACCAAAGGGAGCUCGUGUUCAAAGUGUCUGUCAAGGGCUUAGGGCAGCUUGGGCUGACCGACAUGCACAUACUACAAUACCACCACCUAUCAUUCUUUGCGCUCUCUUAAUUGGCACUAAUGACACCAUCGAAGUGACCUUGUCUUAUCCGGAAGAAGGUGUCCAAGGAGACGUGACUGUGGCUGCCAAAACAUUAGGUGAACUUGUCAGUCGUAAACUGACCCCAGUCACUGCCCUCACUGCUGCGAUAGAGGUCAAAGUUGAGACAACAGUAGUUAGUGGCGAACCUACAGGUGUUGCAAGCGGAGUACUAGCUGCUAUAACAGUCGUACUAGUUGUCCUGGUUAUUUUAGCCGUUGCAGCAUUGGGAUACUGGCAGUGCAGGCGACGUCACUUGCAGGCCCAUCACAGGAAUGCAUUUCCAUCUCACUCCUCUAGGCACAAACUAGCAGAUGAUGCCCACGCUGAGAAAUCGAACAAUGAGAAUGAAGAGAAAUUGUGGCGGUACCACAAUCCCCUGAAAACGACGUCUUCAUCACUGAGCGGCGGCACACUGGAGGGUAUGGGAGAGCCUUCUUGUUCCAGAAUGAAUCCACAGGGUCCCGGGGAUCCAAAGCUGUCUCCCAUGGGAAACGCCAUGGGGUUCAUGCAAGUGCCCAAAGCCACAUUGGCCACGCCCGAAACUGAUCUCAGUGAUUGUGCGGAAUCCCCUACCCAUGGGGGAGGUGGUGGGGUCCCGGUGGCUAUCAGGAAAGUACAGAAUGCCGAUGUCGAACGGAACAUCACGCCACAUGAUCCGGGUUGCAAGAGCUUCCAAAAGGAGAUCAAUCUCAAGGCAAUUUCGCCAAGGACAAUGGAUACGGACCCCAUCACUAGCGAGGUGGUGGUUUAGCGUCCUUGUUUCGACAAUGUACUUGUGCUCCCUCGCAAUCACAUUAAUUUUUUAUGACUUUCAACUGGAUUUCCUGUUUAAGGAAAAGCUGUGUCACGAAUGAUAUUCUGAUUUUUGACAAUAGACUUCUUAUCGGCCCAGUGUACUUAGUGAGAACUAUUUUUAAUUAACCUGUUUGAGAAAGAAUAAGAUAUCCUUUCAUAUUCACCGCACAGGUGGCCCUAGUUGUGUAGUGGACUGGCAACACUGAUUUCUGACGAACGUCCAGCAAGGGACAGAUUCUGACGUCACGUCCCUGUCUGAAGUGCCUCUAAGAUAAUCAUACAUAUGUAAGGCCUAAUCGCGGCCGAGAAAUUCAGGAAUGUAAGGUAAUCUCCCGGUGUAUUUUUGAACGGUGAAUGGUAUCUAAUAGUAAUUUUUAUCUCUUAACAUCAGCAUCCGAGUUUCUCGAUGGCUGCCAGUUUAAUAAAUAAAAAAAGACACUUUUUGUGCCAAUGACUGAAAAUUAAUUUUCAGUUGCAUUUUUUCCAGAAGAAAGUCAUAUAUUUAAAAAAAAUAGCAACAUGUUAAAAAAGUGAUGUGGACAUUUUAAUUUUUCCAUCCAAUAGACAAUUAUGCCUUAUGUACAUAUAAAUAUGGUCUUAAAAUGUUCUACAUAAUGUUAGCUGAAUCUGCCUUUUUUUAUUUUUAUUUCUUCGCUCUGGUGUCAAGUGACCAUUCCACGUGUUACGAUGCCAGAUAAUCUCCAAUCAGUCAACGCCCUGGUUGCUUUUAUUCGGAGCCUUUUUAAUCUGCCUUAUGUGACCGCUUAUGUAUAAUAUAUAGAUUUUGGCCAAGGUGUUCAUAAUUGUAUAGAAAAAUUUUUUCGUAGUACUUAAUGAACGUAUUAUUCUAAUGGAAGAUCGUGAUCUCUCAUUGUAAACAGAUCUUUCAACUGCUUCUUAAAAACUCGAAACGUCACUUUCUUUACAUAUUCUUAGUUUCCGUUCUACUUAGCGCGCGCGGGCUCAUUUGAAUUAUUUUUCAUACUUUUUUUUUUAUGUGCGUGAACCCUUUAUGGGGGCAAGUUAUUAUUUUGCAUUUUUAAGGUUCUGUUUUCUGAAUGUCAAGAAUUACUUUAGCAUCGAGUGACCUCAGUAAGACUUGAUUAGGUUUCACAAGUAAGCAGAUCUUGCAGGUUUGCAAAAUUACCCCCUCUUUUUCUUAAUUUGGAGAUUACCAGCACUGCAUUUCUAAAAUCACUCAAACUUAAAUGAAUCCUAUUCGUUACUUCAUUCACUGCUAUAUCAAUUACUAUAUUUUUUGGUCAUGACUCACUUUUGUCAUAAAUUAACCCCCCCCCCCACUUUUUUUUAAUCUCUCAAGAUACUCCGUUAUUAGGCAUAAUGUAAAACAGAGUUAAGGUAUCCUGAAAUGACGCUUGGCAAAAGUGAUUAUAUCUUUUUUUAAUAUAUAUAUAACUAUAUAUACCUGACGUUCAUGUAGAAAGCUGUGAUAUUUUUGUACAUUUGUAUUCAGUGUUGUGCAAUGUAAAUAUGUAAGUAAUUUAUUUGAUGUCUUCAGUGCCCUCUAUUAUGAUGAAGAUGAUAAUGAAAACGUUGAAGGUGUUGGUGCCUCAAUGAAUGAAACACUGUAACAGCACCGGAAAAUUAGAAUGACGGAGACCUCUUCAUUCUGACGUCACGCUAAAGAAUUGCGAAGCGGUGCCAAGCAUGACGUGAUCUCUUGCAAUGUAUGUUAUUGACAAGUACGUCCAAUGACAAUGAAAUCAUUGCUCUCAUACUCUGGUCUUGUAGAACCGUAAGGUGUCAACUCUCAAAACAUGAAUUAUCUCCUCAUUCUUGGCAUUCUUUCUUAUACUGUAAUUUUUAUUUUAUUGUACUUUAUAUCUCGUCAGCAUGAAGAGUUCUCAAACCCCGACUUUUAAAUCUGCCCGAAUGAAUAGACGAGGCCCUGAAACUACAAGAUAUAUUUUGGCAGCUAUGCCUGCGAGAAAUAGUGCUGUUAUUAAUGACUGAAACUAGUAUAAAUUUAUAUAGUUUUGUAGACUCAUGGGGCUAAAAAUAGCAGAGCAGACAUUUAUGAGUUCAAAUAAAGUUAUGAAGAA